AUGGAGACCAAGGAAGGAUCUUCAGGUCUACGAUCAGGCUUGACCAACUAUGGAGACGACGAGUUCUCCUCGUUCCUCCGAAAAGCGUUCAUCAAAGGAGCCGGAUACACAGACGAUGCGCUGAAUAGACGAAUUAUCGGCAUCGUAGACACGAGAUCGGGCUUCAACCCGUGUCACGCCAAUGUUCCUGCCCUGGUCGAGGCCACUUCCCGUGGCGUCAUGCUCUCUGGCGCUCUCCCCGUUCCUUUCCCCACCAUCUCCUUACACGAGUCUUUCGCCCAUCCCACCAGCAUGUUCUUACGCAAUCUCAUGUCGAUGGACGCAGAAGAGAUGAUCCGGGCCCAACCAAUGGAUGCUGUGAUCCUUAUUGGCGGCUGUGAUAAGACAGUCCCCGCUCUGCUCAUGGGGGCCAUAUCAGCUGAUAUACCUGCCAUUCAGCUGGUCACUGGUCCCAUGGUCACCGGGAAUCAUCGUGGCACUCGUGUUGGCGCAUGUACAGAUUGCAGACGGUAUUGGGGAAUGCAUCGUGCGGGUGAGAUUGAUCUGGAGGAGAUCGUCUCAGUGGGGAAUGAAUUGGUCCCAAGUGCAGGAACCUGUGGGGUUAUGGGCACAGCAUCGACGAUGGCAUGUAUCACAGAGGCGCUGGGUAUCGCACCUCUCGGCAGUGCCACUGCUCCAGCCAAUGUCAGUCAGCGCCUGCGUAUUGCAGAGAUCACAGGCAAGAUAGCCACGGGGUCACUUCCCAGACCGUCCGAGAUCCUCACUCGAAAGGCGUUCGAAAACGCCAUCAUCCUUCUUCAGGCUCUUGGCGGGAGUACCAAUGCAGUGGUCCACCUUCUUGCCAUGGCUGGUCGAGUCAAGGGCGUGAACUUGACCCUGGACGAUUUUGACAGACUUGGUCGGACAACACCUCUGCUCGUCGAUCUGAAACCGAGCGGACAGAAUUACAUGGAAGAUCUGUUCAAGGCCGGAGGCGUCCCCGUCAUCCUCCGGCAGCUCAAUCUUCACUUUGACAUCCUCACCGUGACAGGCAGGACGCUCGGCGAAGAGCUAGCCUCGUGGCCGACAUUCGACCAGACGAUCGUUCGCCCUCUGGGGACAUAUUCCUCCCUCAUCGUCUUACGGGGCAACCUCGCAGACAGCUGCAUUCUGAAGCAAUCAGCAAUGGACCCAAGACUCAAGUCGCACGAAGGCAUGGCCUGUGUCUUUGCCGACCUCGAUGAUUUGAUCAAGAGAAUCGACGACCCAGAUCUUGAUGUGGAUGAAGACAGCGUAUUGGUCCUGCAAAACAUUGGCCCCGUCGGCAACCCUGGAAUGCCAGAAGCCGGUUACAUACCCAUACCGAAGAAGCUCGCUCAAAGGGGCGUCAAGGACAUGUUGCGCAUUUCCGACGGGCGAAUGUCGGGGACAGCGGGAGGCGCAGUCAUCUUACACGUCACCCCGGAGGCGGCGGUCGGUGGGGUCCUGGCCAUCGUCCAGGACGGAGACAGGAUCAAGCUGGACGUGGAAACACGCCGUUUGGACCUGCUAGUCUCGUCGCAGGAGAUCGCAACGAGAUUGACAGCGUGGCGUUCCGGGGUCAGAGGAUACAGAGGACUUUAUCGACGGAGCGUGCUGCAGGCGGACAAGGGCGCAGACUUUGACUUUCUGACGGGUGAGGCAGGGUUAGAGUGA